AAAAAAAAGUGGACCAUAGUACAAAGAAAACAACAUCAGCGCCAGCAAUUAAAAGAGUUUGAUGAUAAACGUGCAAUCAAAAUUUCAACAUUCCUAGUAUCAGUAAUUCUAACUGUGGCGUUUCCAAACACUAAUGUCUGGAUAACACAUAUGCUUAGUUCUCUCUCUCAAAAAUCAAACAUGCAAUCAUCUUUGUAUGCUAUCUUGUGCACAGUAAAUGUAAUUGUCCAUUCAGUGAGGCACGAAAGAAAAAUGGAAAAGGAUAGACCGCUUACUGAUAUUAUAGCUGAAGAAGUUCACAUGAAUAAUCAAUAUGAGGAAUUUCGGAUGGGUGCAUCAUCAUUC